AUGUCGCACAACCAGCAACCCAUGAGCAUCGAGGCUAUGCUCGACAUGGAGCGUAAGGAAGUUCUCGCCUUGCUCGAGAAUAGACCUCGUCCUGAGCCAUCCAUGCCAGGAGCCAUGCGAUCCGCUUCACCCUAUGCCACCCCUCGAUCUCCCGUUCGGAGUAUGUUGGAUGUCGACGAUCAGCCAACACCAAGCUCGCCGCGGCAGACUGUGCGGAGUAUGCUGGACACCAGCUCUCCCCCGCCGCCAAAAUACCGAAGCAUGUUAGAUACUGACACCCCUUUCGCUGGUCCCUCGAGGCCUUCCGGGACCAGCACGACUCCUAAUUCUCCAGUCAUGACCAAAGCGACUCUCGCUCCCAGUACCGUCGGACACACUCGCAGCUUCUCUGAUGCAGCCUCGAACCCCGUUGAUUUUGGACCUAGAGCUGCUGCUGCACGUAAUGACCCUACCGCCGGGUAUCAAUUUUCAGAUAUUAUUACGCGCAAUAGUGGCCAACAACUUCCUAAGAGAAAUACACAGGGUGGCAGGAAGCCAUCUGCGAAUGCUCUGAGUGAGGCACUCCGCAACGCCGAUCUCAGUGGCCUGCAAAUCCCCGGAGAAAGUGACGGCAGGCGUUCCUGGUUUGGCGGUAGCAGCAGCAAUCAGAAAUCAAAAUCUCCUCACAAUCGGCUGGGGUCUAGGUCUAGGUCUCCAGCUCCUAUAACACAAGUAUUGGCGCCAGGUAAGGCCAUGCUCGAUGAUGGCCGAAUUGUGGAUAUUAGCAAUGCAUAUCGAAGGUUAUCCGAUGCCAACCUAGCUUACGCAGGUGGUAGCUUGUCUCAGCUGCCCAGGCGCAACCGCGAGGAUGCUCAGAGUGGAAGGAUGAUCAAAGACUACCUGAGCCCUGAUGGCGAGCACCUUGGCUCAAGUGAGGAAGAUGAAGCUUACUCAUCCGAUGACGAAGAUCGUGGUCGUAAGAAGGCUCCCAGGUCACUUAACCCCGAUGCAAUUGGUGGGUCGGCAGACGAUCCGAAUAAGGAGCGACGAAAAUCAAUGAGUCUUCUCGCUGCUGCAGAGGAAGAGCGUAAGCUGCCCUUCGUCUCACCUCAAGUCGGCGAUGCUAACUUGGUACCAGGGACAACAGUUGCAGCGAAGCAACCUGGGUACCGUUCUCUACUCGAUGAGCCAGAAAUCAAGAUUACCACUCCUCUGGGCGAGAACACGCGGUUGAACAAAGGCGGUGGUGUGCAUCCUAAGACUGCUUACGAUCAAAUGUCAACAGUGGCUUCUGCAAACGAUUCAGAUGAGGAGGCAGACAUGGAUGAUAUCAAGCGGGCUCAAAAUCUUUCCUGCUCGAUGUCGGGCGUUAUCUCCACCCCUGAGUCUCACCGCGCCAUCCGUAUGAUUUAUCGUGGCGACUUCAACAAGAUUGUUCAGCAAGCCGAGGAGGAACACCAUCGUCUGCGAAAGUAUCUGGUUGCAUCGGAUCUGAGUGAUGAAUCGACACAUGCCCUCGAAUGGGCCAUUGGAACGGUCCUACGAGACGGUGAUACCUUGAUAUGCAUUUACUGCGUGGACGAGGAGACCGGCAUUGGAGGGGUCGACAACUCAGUUCCUGAUGAUCCGAAGGCUAUGAGAGAGCAAGCAGCUGCUAUUAACACGGUAGCAAACUCGAGAUCUGCUGCGCCCUCCAUGUCUGCUGUCCCAGAUUUCGUGAGGAAUUCUAUUCGAGGAGACUCCUCCAAGAACAACACUCCAAACACAUCUCCCGCGCCUUCAAGUCGAGGAGAAAGGGGUAGGGCGGAAGAAGAGCGACGCCGAGCAGUCAAGGAGAUCACAGACAAAGUGCUCCGUCUUCUGCGAAAGACGACACUUCAGGUCAGAGUUAUCGUGGAAGUCUUGCAUUGCAAGAACCCAAAGCACUUGAUCACAGAGGUCAUCGACCAUGUUAACCCAACUCUUGUCGUCAUAGGAAGUCGUGGCAGGAGUGCACUCAAGGGCGUCAUUCUGGGAUCAUUCUCCAACUAUCUGGUGACGAAGAGCUCGGUCCCUGUGAUGGUGGCACGAAAACGUCUCCGGAAGCAGGGCAAAUACAGAGGCGUGAAGCCUGUGAACAAUCUCAGCAACCCAGCAGCCCGAAGUUUGGCCAAUGCUAAAAUUGAUUGA